AUGACCUCAGAAAAGGAUGAUGUAGAACAUGAAUUAAAAGUGGUGGCAGAUAUGUUUUUUGAGAGAUGUUACCCAAAAAAAUUGGUUAUGGAUUAUGUGGAAUAUGUUAAAGCAGAAUGGGGAAAGAAGUAUGCACCAUUGUUGGGUAACAAGGGAGGUCUAAAAGAAAAGAGCACUGACAUUGCGAGUCAAGUUAACCAGAACAACAAUAAUAACAAUAAUAAUAAUAAUAAAAAUUUUGAAAGAGCUAUUUACCAUUUGAUUGUCCAAGCACUUCACUAUGUUGGCAAACUGACAUUUCAACAGAAUGAAAGUAGUCGUGUAGUAACAUAUGGAUAUUGGGAUGGGAAAGGACAACAGCAGCCUGACAGUUCUGACUAUACUCCUAGUAAGAAUGGGGAAGGGCAACAGCAGCCUGAUAGUUCUGAGUAUAUUCCUAGUAAGGAUGGGGAAGAGCAACAGCAGCCUGACAGUUCUGAGUAUAUUCCUAGUAAGGAUGGGGAAGAGCAACAGCAGCCUGACAGUUCUGAGUAUACUCCUAGUAAGGAUGGGGAAGGGCAACAGCAGUCUAACAGUUCUAAGUAUACUCCUAGUAAGGAUGGGGAAGAGCAACAGCAGCCUGACAGUUCUGAGUAUAUUCCUAGUAAGGAUGGGGAAGAGCAACAGCAGCCUGACAGUUCUGAGUAUACUCCUAGUAAGGAUGGGGAAGGGCAACAGCAGUCUAACAGUUCUAAGUAUACUCCUAGUAAGGAUGGGGAAGGGCAACAGCAGCCUGACAGUUCUGAGUAUAUUCCUAGUAAGGAUGGGGAAGAGCAACAGCAGCCUGACAGUUCUGAGUAUACUCCUAGUAAGGAUGGGGAAGGGCAACAGCAGUCUAACAGUUCUAAGUAUACUCCUAAUAAGGAUGGGGAAGAGCAACAGCAGCCUGACAGUUCUGAGUAUAUUCCUAGUAAGGAUGGGGAAGAGCAACAGCAGCCUGAGAGUUCUGAAUAUACUCCUAGUAAGGAUGGGAAAGGGCAACAGCAGCCUAAAAGUUCAGGUAUACUCCUAGAUGGGAAAAGGCAACAACAGCCUGACAGUUUUGAUUACAUUCCUAGUAAGGAUGGAAAAGAGCAACAGCAGCCUAACAGUUCUGAUUAUACUCCUAGUAAGGAUGGGAAAGGACAACAGCUGCCUGACAGUUCUGAGUAUACUCCUAGUAAGGAUGGGAAAUGGCAACAGCAGCCUAACAGUUCUGAGUAUACUCCUAGUAAGGAUGGGAAAGGACAACAGCAGCCUGACAGUCCUGACUAUACUCUUAAUAAGGAUGGGGAAGGGCAACAGCAGCCUGACAGUUCAGAGUAUCCUCCUAGUAAGGAGGGGGAAGGGCAACAGCAGCCUGGCAGUUCUGAGUAUACUCCUAGUAAGGAGGGGGAAGGGCAACAGCAGCCUGGCAGUUCUGAGUAUACUCCUAGUAAGGAGGGGGAAGGGCAACAGCAGCCUGGCAGUUCUGAGUAUACUCCUAGUAAGGAGGGGGAAGGGCAACAGCAGCCUGGCAGUUCUGAGUAUACUCCUAGUAAUGAUGGGGAAGUACAACAGCAGCCUGACAGUUCUGAGUUCACUCCUAGUAAGGAUGGGAAAGGGCAACAGCAGCCUAACAGUUCUGAGUAUACUCCUAUUAAGGAUGGGGAAGGGCAACAGCAGCCUGACAGUUCUCAGUAUACUCCUACUAAGGAUGGGGAAGGGCAACAGCAGCCUGACAGUUCUGAGUACUCUCCUAGUAAGGAUGGGGAAGGGCAACAGCAGCCUGACAGCUCUAAGUUCACUCCUAGUAAGGAUGAGAAAGGGCAACAGCAGUCUGACAGUUCUGAGUAUACUCCUAGUAAGGAUGGGAAAGGGCAACAGCAGCCUGACAGUUCUGAGUAUACUCCUAGUAAGGAUGGGGAAGGGCAACAGCAGCCUGACAGUUCUGAUUUUACUCCUACACAGCAGGAUUGGUCUGCCCCAAAGGAUCCAUCUGUCCCCACUCCACUGGCUAUGGCACCAAGACCCAGCAUAUCUGGGAUGCAACCUAGUAGCACCUCUUCUGCUGCCACUGUACUACCUGGCCCCUCAGAAAUCAAGACAAAAUUAAAAGUGCAUCAUAAGAAACAUAGCUCAGAAAAGGAAAACAGCAUCAGUGAAAAUGACGAUAAGCAGACAAGUGUGAACGGUGCUCUUUUCAAGAUUUAA